AUGACCGGCAAGGGCCAACACUGCUCCUUCGUCCUCCUCGCCGAAUUUGACAUUGAUAGCGGCGCCCAACUCACAUAUCAGUUUCCGCAACCCCUUGGGACAGAUGAAGGGCUACUCGCAAACUUGAUGCUUCCUGAUGGAGCAGAAAGACAUCUAGAAGAUUGGACAAUCUUCUUCCUAAACCAGACACCAUUCAACACCAUAGCCCCCGUGCUUGCCCUCGAAACACCAGAACCGAACGGAGACAAACAGAGUCGUGACGGAAGCCAGCCCGAGCUUCUGUAUGUCUUGAAUUUAGUGAGAACAAAACACGAUAAGUCAGUAAGAAGAGGUGCUGUUGUUAAGGCUAUGGCCAUCUGUACUCGACAUCCAUUUAUCCAGAUAUUCAAGCCAGUUCUUCUUCUUGCACUCGAUGACUACUUUUCACAUCCGUCUCAAGAUUGCCUCGCACGUCUUUUUGAUGCCAUAAAUUUCAUGGAUAUAAUGGCUGCGCCUACCUUGACUCGCGCAGAGAAACUCGUGAUGCGAGCCACAGAACGGAAGGACAUAUUCGCAGAGAAGCUUGCACAAUAUAGGCCGACUAUGGAUGCUGCCGCAAAUUGGUCCAAUGGUAGUCGCCCGAAGCAACAACAUAAAACAGAUUCUUCUCCUAGUUCGCAUUCGAGCUUCGAGGAAGGAACCAUCCCGCGAAAUCGAGAACCCAUCGCUAGCAGCCGGGCACGCUCAGGAACUCACAGCAGCUCAAAAAGUAUUCCACACAGAAGUGUAACGCCACCUUCUGAUACCUCUUUCUCACUCGGAGGAAGCGCAGUGUGGGUUGGAGAUGAGAGUGUACUGGAUAGUCAAGUUGGGGUCGCUAUUGGGGGUGAUCCUGGUAGUAUCAUUUCAGGAGGGAGUAGUACCUUGGCCAGUCGCGGGCGAAAGUCAACUGACGCCUCAUCAUCCUCAUCCCAUGCACCACCAGGGAGAGAGAACAACACACACGUUGGGACUAUUCCAACCGCUUAUGACUCCCAUCUUCGUUCUGGCAUUUCCAAAGAUACCCAUUUUUAUCAGACUACUAUUGUCUACAAAGGACAUCAGUUACCCAUUAAAAUCCCUUUGUCCACUUUCCCAGAGGAAGUGGGAGAUGUAAGUUACAUCCUCAAACCAAUGACUACGCAUGGCGUCGUCUCUGGACCGCUGCACCCACACCUUCAUACCAACGGCAGCCUCACUCACCCUAUCAUUAUCUUGUUCAAUGCCCUCGUGACCGGUAAACGUGUGCUCUUUUUGGGCCAUAAUAUACCUGCAGGGCAGGUGGCUAGUUAUGUCUUGUCUGCGUGUGCCCUUGGCUCAGGGUGUGGAGCUAUACUGAGGGGAUUUAUUGAGCGCGCGUUUCCGUAUGCUGGCUUGGCAGGAGGGGAGGAGUGGGAAUCAACCCCAGCCUACAUAGCAGGUGUAACAAACCCAAUAUUUGAGUCGUCAGGUUCUUGGGACCUUCUUAUGGAUAUUGGAACUGGCCGAGUAGUUGUCUCAAAAGAUAUCCUUACAUCGUUCCCACCUACCACUACACCCCCAGCUAUUAUUCCUCUGGUGACGCGGUCAGGCACAAUUAAAGCUGAAUCUUCAGUGGGAAGCGAAGACGAUAUCGCUCGAAUAGCUACUAGGGAUGGCAAAGAAGCCCAAAAGGCCGACUACUCCGCGAAAGGUGACAGCCUGGACAAUAUAUUUAUCGAGGACGUUAUUUCUGCCAUUACUUAUCACUUUGGAGAGAAGCUGGUCCGAAUGCGGUUUACAGAGUAUAUAGCGCGUUUCGUGCGUCUCGCUGCGCGCUACGAGGAGAUCGCACUUGGAUCAACCCAAGUCAGUUAUACCUGUACCCCUUUUAAGGAUGGACACCUUGGUAGCGGAAUUUUUUUCCCUGAUGAGGCGUCUGGUAACAAGGAGCUUGUUUCCAAUGCCGCUCGUAUAGAGGGCUGGCGCAGAACUCAAUCUUACCAGUAUUGUGUUGCGGAUUUCAGGAAAUCACAAUCUACAAAUGCUAUUCAAGGAUUCGACCUUCUACAUCAGAUGUUUCGACUUCGUCAGGCUAAAAGUAUCGCAGACGCUGAGGUAGAACUAAUUGUGCGCACGAUAUCUGAAAACAUGCGGUCAUAUGACCAGGUCGUCGAGCUUCUGGCUUAUGCUCCACCUCACACGGGUGGUCUGCAGCCGCUGAGCUUUUGUCUUUUCCAUCAGCAAGAGUCAAUACGAGAUACGACUGUUGACAUAUUAGACAUGUUACGCCGAUACCCUGUCGGAGUUAUAUUUUUGCAAGCACUCAACCAUUUCCAGAGGUACGCUUACGUGCGGCAAGCUCAUGCACGAGAGGCUCGAAUAAUGAAAGAAAAUACACUUUUACCUCCUCCGCCAACAUUUACAUCACGAACGCCUUCAAACCGCAGCGAAAGUAGCCUCGGAGGUGGAUAG